CAGCAAAAAGGUUGACAUCUGUGAUCUGUCAAUCUCAGUAUCAUUUACGAAGUGGCGUUUACUGUACCUACGACUUACGGUAGCGUUGCGGUGUGGUGUUUAUAAAUUACCUAAAGUAAUUGCGGUCAUGUUAUAGUUUUAUUAUACAAAAGGCACUGCUUAAAGAUGGAAGAAGAAGAUCCUGUUGUUCAAGAGAUCCCUGUGUUUCUGUCGCAGGCUUUAGCACAGAAUUUGUACAUAUAUCAAUAUCCUGUGAGGCCAGCAAAUAGGGACUGGAAAGACGUGAAAGUUGUUAAUGCGUGCGUGAAACCUAGGAACAAGAUGGUUCGACUAGAAGUGGGAUUGGACACGUACAGUGAUAAGUACUGCUCAUCUAAGGGCGAGCAGAUCGCGCUUAACACCGAUGGUCAACAGGAAUCAUCAUGGCACAUUAAGGAGAAGGAUAAGUCCCAAUACUUUAAGCAUGGUGUUAUGGACAAGAUUGUCUAUGAAAGUAGUGCGCCUUGCGCUGAGACACAGCACUAUGCGGUGGCCAUUUUGCAGGACAAGGAAUUACAUUGCACACCUAUACAAGGUAUUAUCCAAAUGAGACCUUCAUAUUCUUACUAUGAUAAGCAAGACAAGCGGAAAACUGAUAAAAACAAAGCGGAAUCUGAUGAAGAAGAUAAGGAGCCUGAAGCACAACAGGUGACAGUAAAAUUCGCGCGGCAAGAGACAGAAGUUUCCAAGAAGGCUAGAGAGAAAUCGUUUGAGACUAUUUCACAGCGCAUCAACGAGGAGCCGUGGUUUGAUGCUCUCUGGAAAAGUUGCGAAUCGGAUCAUGCUGAGUUGGAGCGAUUGAAGCUGUUCAGCGCUACUACAUCUGACGGGUCGGCGUUGACGGUACGUGCGAGGGAAUACGUUCGAGCGUUAGUGCCCGCACCGCCUGAAGAUGAGGCCGAUAUUGCGCCCACCAAGAGACCCUCGCCACAGGAGCAAAUCAAGGAAAUACUUAUUAGAGCGAAACUGAUGACAUUUAACGACCUCCGGUCGCUGGUCCGCACGGAGGAAGGUCAGCUGUCCCCGGCGGCCCUGCUGUCGGCGCUGAGCGGCGCGGCCUGCUGCGUGCGCGGCCUGUGGGCGGCGCGCUCCGCCGACCUGUACACGCGCGCCCUGCCCGUACCCGCGCGUCUACUCUGUGCCGCCAGGGACCAUGUCUUGUACCUCUUUACACAAAAUUCCUACAUCGACCGACGGAAGGUAGCCGCAGCAGUUCGUCUGCCUCCGACAGAGGUUUUAGAGAUAAUCCGUUCAGUUGCUAAGUUCAAUCCUAACACAGGCUGGGAACUCAUCAUACCACCGGACCUCGCAUUCGAAGCGAAAUACCCAGAAGUUGUACAACGGCAGAACUUGUAUUGGGAAGCCCGGCAGAGGUUGUUCAAUGAAAUGUUGAUCGGCGAAAAUGUACCUAAGAGGCAAAGGAAGAAAUCUCAAAGGGACUCAGUUUCGUCUGACACAAUGAUGAGUCCGAAACCUCGCUGCAACAGUGUGACGGAGGAGGACAGUGACAGAAAGAGACACAAAAAUAAAUCGGCCACUGGUAGUGGUAAAAGGACUAGGAACAUAAGUUCCAGCAGUGUGCAGGAUGCGACGUGAUUCUCUCCAUAGAUAGGUUAUCAAAUUGUAGUGUAGUCGCCCACCAGCACUUGUAAGUGAACAGUGAGCAUAAGCUAACUUGUUGUUGGACAUUGUAAACUUGUGGUGCUGCUAAUCGACGUGUGUAUCCGACGUCACAGUUUAUCUAUAGACUUCCAAGCAU